GGACCCUUUUCAACUACAGCCAAGACGAGCGCUUUGACUCCCGUGUGAUCAGGAAGAUCAAGCACGCGACCAUGUUGGAGGGGCAAGAUAAGCUCACAAUGCAGGCGUCGAUCGCGUUUCCCCGCCAAAAUCGAGACCCCGGUCGAAAAAAACGCGACCAACGUCAUCCCUACAACUAGUGGCGUCUGCGAACAAUGCGCCUCUGUUGACGUCGAACCCUCUCGCUGUAGCGCCUCGUCUUUAUAUUCCUAUACACCAUCUUCUGUGAUACCCUAGAUUUCAUCAUGGCCCCUCUGCACGAGAGCUACGAGCUGCGGGUAACCGCCGGCGCAACCUACGACCGAACAAAGCACCAGGACGUGCUCGUCAACUCGGAGAAGCCCCUCCACAUCUCGUCGGACCUGAUCGAUGCGCAGAUCUACAUGCGCAUCAAAGACUACCGGGGCCUCCCCAAAGGCUCGCCCGCGACCUCGCCCUACUUCUCCACGCCCCAGCACCCCUACGACCGCUACUCGAUAUCCUUCUCGUUCGUGCCCAAGCACGACAUCGCCGGCGACAAGCUCGUGUUCGGCAACGACUUCGAACACCCGAUCCGCGACCGCCUGCCGCCGCUGUUCGACAAGGCCUUUGCGGUCGUCAAGUGGUGGAUCGACCCGGGUCUCGACGGCGACGUGUACAGCGACGAGCCGUAUCUGUACGGCCCCCUGCUGUCCAGCAUCAAUGUGCUGCGCAUCGGCGAUAAGAAAUCUAGUGCUGACCCUGCGCCCGCCGACGCCGACGCCGACACCGCCGACGCUGCCGAUGCCGCAGACGCAACAGUGUACACCGAAGGCGCCUCGGGCUCCGGCGAAUCGAUCCGCAAAGCGCACAGCAUCCCCGCGGGCUCUGCACAGCGACAAAAGUAUUUCCUGACGCCAGCGAACCGCGCGGCGUUUACGUUCGAGGCGGGCCGCGAGUACCAGUGCGACUUCUUCAAUCCGUAUCUCGACUUCAACGAGUUUGCGCUGAAGAUCGGGUACGGGCUGCCGAAUAUUAGCAUCAUUGGGCACUGGGAUGGGCAGCCUCUCCGAUACACGCUCAAGAACAAGGAAACCAACACCGAGCUGUUCGUCGUCGUGAUCCAGCUGUGCCCGACCGCGCAGGCGGUGGCCGAGGGCGCCAAGAGCGCCGAGGAGGAGUUUGCUGAGGUGCAUGGUGGGAAGGCUGCGGAGGGGGCAAAGGAGGGAGGUAAAGAGGGGGCUAAGGCUGAGGGGGCUGCGAAUGACGAUUUGGAUUAGAGGGGUGGGAGGCUGUACGAUAGUGCAUAGUGGCGUUUGUAGAGGUUGGGUCAGGCGCGAGGGUUUAGACUGGGGGGUCAUAGUACGAGGUCGACGCAGAUUACUUUCAAUGUGCAGCGGACUACAAGCUA